UUCUUCUUUGUUCGGUCUCUCUCUCUCUCUCUCUCUCUUUUCCAGAAGACAGUUUUUUGCCCUUUUUUUGAGUUUGUUUGCAGAUUUCCAAAGGAGUUUGAUCGAUAAUUCAAGAGAGAUGGUUCAACUCAAGGAAUUGAAAAAUCUGAAGUCGAAUAGUGAUGCCUAUGUCUUUGGACGAGUAUCAGGUAUCUCAAAUGUACAUGGUGAUGAAGAUGCAGCAGCAGAGUACAAAUGGUGCUGAAGGGGUUGAAGUCUUGGAGAACAUACCUUUCCAAGAUGAUGUAUUUGGAAAAGGUCAAUACACUUCUAAAGUUUAUCGUCUGCAGAGCAAAGCACCUGCUUGGCUUACGAGCAUUGCACCGACUGAUGCUCUCGUAAUACAAGAGGAAGCAUGGAACGCAUACCCGAGAUGUAAAACAGUGAUCAAGUGCCCAUAUUUUACCAAGUUCUCUCUCACAAUUGAGACCAUCCAUAGGGCGGACAAUGGCACGUCGGAAAAUGUGCAUGGUUUAAAUGAAGAACAACUGGCUGCCAGACAAGUAGAAACCAUAGAUAUCGCUUCAUCCGAAACAGAUUGUUGGAGUUAUGCUAUCGGAAGUAGCAAUUUCGACUUUUCCAAAUUCAAAUCCUCAAAAGCUGGCCGUGGUCCGCUUUUGGAUGGAUGGCAGGAGAAUUGCAGUCCAGUAAUGACGGCAUAUAAACUGGUGACGAUAGAUGCACCAUAUUGGGGCUUUGGUUAUCGACUUGAGCAAGCGUUGCUUGCGGGUGAAAGGGCUCUUUUCAUUGUAAGUCACCGGAAUUGUUUCGGUUGGAUCGAUGAAUGGUUUGGGAUGACAAUGCAACAAAUACGUGAACUUGAACAACAAGGUGACUGCUUAUUAAAUGAGAAAAUCGGCGAGCCGAUUCUGCUGACGGAUGCGGCGGACUGCGAGCAAAGUUUUUCUGGUAACGGUGAAAGACAGGUACCGCAAGUCAUCCAUACAUGAUUCCGAAUCACAGUGGUGUUUACAACUACAGAUUGACAAAGAUUAGAGGGAAAAGACUUAUUUUUAAACCCACAAAACUGGGGUUCUUACAUUUGUAAUAACCAUAUAAUUGGAAUUCCCAUUUUUUUGCAUAAGUCUUUUAC